AUGGCGGACACCGCUACCCUUCAGCCUCUUGCUGAAGGGAAGCUUCCAGAUUCCUUCCCUUCUUUCCAAGCAAAAUCUUUUUCUUCGCUCUUUUCGUCUAGGGAGCCUUCUUGCGUGAACGUGCGAGCAGACAAGACUACGAGGAGAGGGGAGCCUGCUGUAGUUUUCUCCUCGGCUGACAUGGCUAGGGCUGCAGCGCCUUUUACCCUUGCUCUAAUAGGGAAGUUCUCCAAGGGUAGGCCGGCCAUGGAGGACAUCCGAAAAUUUUUUAACACGCUGGACUUGACGGCGGUUUCGGUAGGUUUGUUGGAUCCUCGUCAUAUCAUCAUUCGCCUCCAAACUGAACGGGACUUUCACAGAAUCUGGGGGCGGCACAUCUGGUAUAUAUUGGGUUAUCCGAUGCGGGUCUUCAAAUGGACACCCUCUUUCCAUGUCGAUAAGGAGCCUUCGAUUGUUCCUGUUUGGUUCUCCCUUCCCAAACUCCCGAUACAUUUGUUCAAUAAGGAAUGCCUUUUCCAUAUUGUUUCACCCCUGGGUCGGCCACUCUUCAUGGAUGCAGCAACGAGCUCUCUAUCCCGUCCGAGCGUGGCCAGAGUAUGUGUGGAGGUUGACUUGGUGAAAUCACUGCCACGGAGAGUAUGGGUAGGUUUUGGGCAGGGGGAGAGUGAUGGUUUCUGGCAGGCCCUUGAGCCUGAGGGGAUGCCGCAGUACUGUGGGUAUUGUUUUCGACAGGGGCAUAGCGAACACGAAUGUAGAGUAAAGCACCCCGAGUUCCGCGAGGUGCCGCCAGCGGCAAAGGUUUCUGAAGUUUCCACAGGUGCGUGGCAUGAGAGGAGGCCACGGCUGGAAUUUCGCCCAAAGGUUACCCAGGAGGUUCCGCAAGAUUCUGUGAAGGCAAUGCCUUUGGAGGGGCCGGGGAUAGCGGAGGAGCAGAAGGGGAAGGGGGGAGUGGUGCUUGGCGCUGCUGGGCAGAUUUCGUCGCCGCUUGCUGGCGGGGAGGCAGGGUCGCUGGCAGUGACCGGCGCUGGGGAGUCGGUGGUGAUGGAUAGGUUGGCGGAGGGGCCCCAAGAAUUAGCAGCCCCUUUGCGGGUGGAGGAACAGGGGGGAGAGGACCUUUGUGGCCAGCAGUCGGUUCUCCAACAGGAGCGGAAUUUCGCUGGUGCGGUUGAUAAUCAGCUGGGAGAUCAGGCUGUUGCUUCGACAGCUAUGGCGGAGACAGGUUCGAGGAUGGACAUGUCAGAGGAGGGGAGCGAGGUCGGUGAUGUGGGGUUGUCUAGUGCAGAAGUUAGUGCAGGGAGCUUAUCGCCGCGCGGGCAACCAUCAGGUAAGCAACAGGAGGAGGGGUCUUUGGUGAUUGACAUUUUUAAUCUUGAUCCUAUAAUUCAGCAGGAGCGAGCUUUGCUGUGGUCAGCUCUGAUAGCGGAAAACCUGGCGGAGCACCCUUGGAUGUUGGCAGGUGAUUUCAAUGUUACUGUUAGCGCGGAUGAAAAGAGGGGUGGAUUGCCUUUUCGGGUUGACGAAGGGGUGGAGCUUAGAACGUUCAUGUCGAUGGCGGGUGUUUCGGAUGUUGGUUUUCUGGGGUGCCCUUUCACUUGGUGUAAUAAUAGGGGGGGUCUGGCCCGUAUCUGGAAGCGCCUGGACAGAAUGUUUGUCAAUCAAACGGCCUUUCUCUCUGGGGUGCAAUUUCAGGUUCAACAUCUAGGGAGGGAGCCUUCGGAUCAUGCCCCCCUUCUAAUGUCUUCGUCGACGAGGCGAGAUAACAAGCCUAAACCUUUUCGAUUUUUGAAUAUUUGGACGACGAAGCUUGGGCUGUUGGAUGUCAUUAGGAGGAGUUGGGCAGUUCCUUGUUCUGGGCGCCCUUUGAGUCGUUUAACCGCUAAACUGAGGAAUGUCAAACGGGACUUGCAAGUUUGGUCUCGUGAGCAGUUCGGUAACAUUUUUGACGCGGUGAAGAGGGCGGAGGGCGAGGUAGCAGCUGCAGAGGACGCUUUUGGAAAUGAGCCUUGUCAGUCGCAUUGGUUGGCACUCCAGGAGGCUCGUGCUAGACUGAGAAAUUCUCUGGUGAGAGAGGAAGGGUAUUGGCGGCAAAAGGCAAGGGUCAAAUGGCUUAAGGACGGGGACAAAAAUUCUAAGUAUUUCCAUUCGAUUGUGGCGGAGAGAAGAGCUAAGUCCAUCAUUCACCGAAUUAAGAAUGACCAGGGGGAGUGGGUAUCGGAUGAAGGUCAGGUGUCUGCCAUGGGGGUGGAGUUCUUCAAAUCCUUACUUUCGGAGGAGCCUGCCACUGGGUCAUGGAGGAUUUUGGAUGUGAUUCCUAAGGUUGUGUCCGAUGUUCAAGUUGCUGAUUUGGAGCGGUUUCCAUCGCACGAGGAGAUAAGGGAGGUGGUGUUUAACAUGGAUGGGGAGAGUGCGGGUGGGCCAGAUGGUUUUACAGGAACUUUUUUCACCUUUGCGUGGGAGGUGGUGGGCAAGGAUUUGUGCGACGCAGUGUUUAGUUUCUUUUGUGGGCAUGAGUUGCCGCGGAGUGUUUCUUCGACGUGGAUUGUGCUGAUUCCCAAGGUAACCUCCCCGCAAGAUUUUAGUCAAUUUCGGCCGAUAAGUCUUUGUAACUUUGUCAAUAAGGUGAUUUCAAAAUUGUUGGCCAACCGUCUAUCAAAGGUGCUGCCUGGUAUUAUCUCCCCGCAACAGAGUGGGUUUGUUCAGGGAAGGCAGAUAUCCGAAAAUUUUUUAUUGGCCCAGGAGUUGUUAUCUGAUAUUCGGAAAUCGAAUCGUGGGGGUAACGUAGUUUUGAAGUUGGAUAUGGCCAAGGCCUACGACAGAGUUUCGUGGCCUUUUUUGUUACAGGUCUUGCGUAGGUUCGGGUUCGGAGAGCGGUGGAUUGAUAUGAUUUGGAGGUUGAUUUCGAAUGUCUGGUUCUCGGUCAUGGUCAAUGGUGCUCCUCAAGGUUUCUUCCAUUCUAGUCGAGGGCUAAGGCAAGGGGACCCUAUUUCUCCAGCUCUUUUUGUGAUUGGUGCCGAGGUCCUAUCUCGCCUCUUAAAUUCUUUGCUUUCCUCCCCCCUCUUUUCACCGUUUAGUGUACCUCAUGGAUGCCCGAAGGUUACGCACCUGGCUUAUGCCGAUGAUGUGGUUAUCUUUUCAAGUGGGCUGAAGAGGUCAGUUCGUUUGGUUAUGAAAGCUCUGGGAGAUUACUCUUCGGUAUCAGGUCAGCAGGUGAACCAUCAAAAGAGUUGUUUUUUGUCCCAUAGCAGGUUUCCCAGGGCGAGAAAACGUAUGCUUGGAGAACUCACUGGGUUCCCCUCGCGGGAGUUUCCGGUCAAAUACUUGGGUUGUCCCUUAUAUGUUGGGCGGAGGAAGAAAGGUUAUUUUUCGGAAAUUUGUGAUUCCAUACUAGCCAGGGUGCUAUCGUGGAAGGGGAGGUUAUUGUCGCACGGUGGUAGGCUGGUCCUGAUCAGGAGUGUGCUAUCUUCUAUGCCUCUUAAUAUUCUUGCGGCAUCCACUCCUCCCAAGGCCAUCUUUGGAUUACUGGAGAAGACUUUUGCUAAUUUUCUCUGGGGGGCCUCCGAAGGGGGGCUGCGUUUUCACUGGAUCAAAUGGGAGCAGUUGUGUCAGCCAUAUGACAGGGGAGGUGCAGGUUUGAGGUCGUUGAGGGAUGUGUUCGACGCUUUCUCGAUGAAACUUUGGUGGCAGUUUAGAUUGCGGAAGUCUUUAUGGGCUGAGUUUUUACAUUGUAAAUACUGCCCGAAUUUCCACCCUUGCUCUGCGGACGUCUCGCCGGGGAGUUCUUGGACUUGGAAGAGAUUGAUAUCUAUUCAGGGGGUUGCUGAGCAGCAGAUUCGCUGGGUCUUGUCCAAUGGAUCGGCAAGUUUUUGGCAUGAUGAUUGGUUAGGACAAGGUCCUUUAUGUCGCCAGGUCGACUCUUUCCAGGAAUAUGCAGUAUCCGAUUUCGUGGAGCAUGGUCGGUGGAACGUGCAGAGGCUGUGCUCUGUGCUGCCCAGCUGGUGGGUGGGGCAGAUCCUGCGUGUUGAACCUCCCGCUGAGACGCAUUCGGACAGAAUGGUCUGGUCCCCCAGUACCUCAGGGGAUUUCUCCCUAUCGUCGGCCUACCAAAGUGCUCGUGAGGUUGGUAACAGGUCUUGUCUAUACUCCUCGCUCUGGGGUCAGGAAUUGCCGAGUAAUGUGUCCUUCUUUAUGCUGCGUCUGCUGGGGGCUAGAUUGCCAGUGAUGGAUAGGUUGCAAAAGCUUGGGGUUGUCGGGCCGUCUCGCUGUUUUUGUUGUUCCUUCCCAUGUCAGGAGUCUCUGGAUCAUAUUUUCUGCACUGGGGAGGUUCCACGGCAAAUCUGGGAGUCUUUUGAAGUGGUGGUGGGAGGGUUUGGGGUUUCCUCGACAAUACGACAUAAGGUGAUUGGUUGGUGGUUGAAGCCUACUCGGAACCCGUUUCUUCAGUUUCUUUUUCGUGUGCUGCCGUCUUUGAUUUGUUGGCACUUGUGGAAAAUGCGGAAUAAGUUUGUGUUCGAGGGUCAGAGUUUGCCUGUUGCUAUAGUCAGUGAUAGAAUUUUUUGUGAUCUGCGAGACCUAUUCCAGAUUAGGUUUAAGAAUACUGUUUCUUCUUGCCGCGGGUGGCCGAGUUUCUUUGAAUCUGUGGCUGGUUUGGCACGUCGUUAUCAUGUGCAAAUUGUUCGUUGGCGGUGUCCGAAGCAGUCGGUGGUGAAGCUAAACUCUGACGGUUGCUCUAGAGGUAAUCCUGGCAUGAGUGGAGGGGGAGGCAUCAUUCGUAACUAUGAGGGAAGGUUUCUGCUAGGGUUCUCAUGUUUUUUUGGGGAGCUAACAAGUUUGCAGGCGGAAUUGGAGGCGCUUCUUCAUGGGAUUCGGUUGGCCGUAGAUCGGGGAUACAGUGCUUUGCACAUCGAAUCAGAUUCAUUGGUGUUAGUUCAGAUUAUUCGGGGAACGGUGAGGUGUCCAUGGCAGUUGCAACGAGGUUUACAGGAGGUGUUGAAUGCUAAGGGGUUGUUUAGAGAGAUUUCUCAUUGCUUUCGGGAAGCGAAUAGGCCUGCGGAUAGAUUGGCCAAUGUGGGUGUGGACGCUGGGUUUAACUCAACAUAUGUUUCAUUUUCUGAGUUGCCUUGCCUGGUGAGGGGUGAUGUUAAUCUUGAUCGGUUAGGCGUUCCGAACAUUCGUAGGAGUAGAGCUUCUUUAGCUUUAAAAGCUGAACAGGUUGUGUCUGUGAUUGCUAUUAACAUUGAGCAACUUCAAGUUUUAGAGUUAAGAGUUGAAGGACGUCGAAUUGGAAUGGGGUUUGCAAAACAUGGUUUGACUGCAAUUCCUGAACGACUCGCAACAUUGGAAGUGUUAGAAGACGACAUUGAUGCGGUGUCCCGUGUCGUGUUUCGCGCAACCCCUCCUACUGAUUAUUUGCGCCUUAGAGAUGAACUUGACUUGUUGGGUCCUUAG